GUCGGGAAUGGCAGGAAGGAGAAGUCUUGGAGAUGAGUUUUACCGUUUUGCGUCAGCGUUUGGUAGGGAAGAAAUCCGGAGCUGCACAUAAGCACUGUUGUACUACAAAAAACUCUCGAACAAGAACAACCACGGUGAAAACACUCGUCCGCCACAUCAAGACAUCGCACAAAGAGGUUGCUGCAAAUUACAAGCUUUUCGGGUCGUCUCUAGGAGUCGUUGUCGGUCCACCUAGUGCUUUUCGAGCUACAAGAACAGGAGACAAAAAGAAUAGGACUUCAUCUAGUGCAACGAAAGAACAGGACUUCGAGUAUCCUCCCGUCAGCUUACUCGUGAAGUACGUACAUCCAAGAUCGAUUUUCCGAAAGCAUUUGCGGAAAGGCGACGCUAUUUUAGCCGUGAAUGGCGAGCCCUUGUCUUGGCGAUGUUUGCCGCCAGAUCAGAUUAUGCUGAAAAAUAGCACUGGCAGAGGGGACUUCGUGACACCUAGACGAUUCGAACGAGUUUUAAUGGAUGACGUUGAUGUUGCAGGAGCUGCAGGAAAGAAAGGCCGCGAGGAAGAUCAGGCGGAAGGAGCUAUAACAGAUGCUGCAGCCGGGGGUAAUAAUAUGAAAGAAGAGCAGCAGCGCACUACAAGUACAACUAACAACAAGUUGGAUACUAUCAAAGAAGAUUCGGAGGAGCUCGAAGGAUCCCGAGUGGAUGAUAGGGAAAUAGAUGGUCAAUCAGAUAAGGAAGACAAGAAAGAAGACGAGAGGGAGGGAGAAGAAUACAAGGAUAAGAAAACUACCUCUUCACCCACCACUGCGACUUCUAAGAAAACGUGGUCCACUUUGCAACAACGGGCUGACCUAUUGGCCGAAGAUUUCACUGCGAUGAUCAGCCUUAUGAUGAAGAAGAGAUAUCAUUGGACACCCACUGAAUUGUUUGAACAACUACGAGGAAAAGAGGACGAUCCAGAACGCGAUGGAGAACGAGGAGCUGGACGAGAGGAUGGAGAAGCUUCGUGUACUAGUUCUAGUGCCAUUGGGGAGGAUGACGACGUAGAUACAGACGAUUUGUUAGACGACGAUGACUCAGAGGAAGAGGAGGACUCAAAAGAUGCCGCAGAAGGCGAUGGAGAGCAAGAAGAGGUGAUGACCCAGACAGUAGAUGACAAAGACAAUGACGAGGAGAACAAGGAGGACAGGCGAGAUCAAGAUGUCGAGAUGGUGGAAGAAAGUAGCUGUAGCACUAGUAGGCGUCCUUCGCGCAGUAAGGGGACAAAGAAAGGCCGAGUCGUGUCUUUUGAGGAGGAUGUAAAAAUGGAGGAGGAAAAGAAAACAAGUGCAGGGGAUGACGUUUUCUCGUCGUUCUUCGCCAACCGCAACGGCGUUAACGAUGAUCUAGAGCUCAAGGUAGUCAACAAGAACUGUAAGAAGAAACAAGGUAAAACAAGCAACAGCACGAGUAGUUUGGAGGGACGUCGUCGUGCAGGACAAGGCGGACGAGCGGCAGUAGGACGAAAAGCGAUAGGAGAAGAUGACGACGAGGAUGAUAGUACACCGAGGAAAAGUGAUAGAAGGAAUUCUACUACCUCCCACUCCACGACACCAGUUGCUGCAAGAGAUAGAAAUAGAGAUAAACCAAGUAGGAGCAACAACAGUUUUCAAAAUAAGGGUGCAGCACUGCUGUCCGGAGGUGAAGAGCAGACUUCGGAUCACGAUAAGGG